AUGGCCCCCAGCACCGUGGCCGUGGAGCUGCUCAGCCCCAAAGAGAAGAACCGACUGCGGAAGCCCGUGGUGGAGAAGAUGCGCCGCGACCGCAUCAACAGCAGCAUCGAGCAGCUGAAGCUGCUGCUGGAGCAGGAGUUCGCGCGGCACCAGCCCAACUCCAAGCUGGAGAAGGCCGACAUCCUGGAGAUGGCUGUCAGCUACCUGAAGCACAGCAAAGCCUUCGCCGCCGCCGGCCCCCAGAGCCUGCACCAGGACUACAGCGAGGGCUACUCGUGGUGCCUGCAAGAGGCUGUGCAGUUCCUGACGCUGCACGCGGCCAGCGACACGCAGAUGAAGCUGCUCUGCCACUUCCAGCGACCGCCAGCCGCACCUGGCGCCGCCGCCAAGGAGCCCAAGGUGCCGGCGCCCGCCCCGGCCAAGGCCAGCGCCGCCGCGCACCAGUCCUCCUGCGGCCUCUGGAGGCCCUGGUGA